GAACAAUGACCCUGAAGUCAGGUUGUAGCCUUUUUUUGACCUUGUCUAACACCGUAUAGUAUUUGGGUGUUUAUUACGAAAAUAAUGUUGAUGGUUUUAAACGCACACAAAAAUACUAUACUCGGGAGUCACAAUCAAGACACUUUUUGCAAAUAUUUACUAAGGACACUCAGUAAUUCGCCGGUCAUCCGAUGUGCAGACCGCAAGAAAUACUGAACCACAGAAAUCUGUCUUGUCAAUUGUAUUUAUACGAAGGAAAAAACGUUGUAAAACUUAAUUCUCUAUCAAAAAUGACGUAUCAUGAAAUGUACAGAAGCACUACACUGGGGACUACCCUUCGUGAAGCCCUAGAUGAAAUGCUAGCACAUAAUCUACUACAGCCUGGAAUGGACCACAAGGUUAUGCAGAAGUUCGACCAAUGUAUAAGUAAUGCUUUGGCAAAACGUGUUAAAAACCGUCUUUCGCUUCGUGGUCACCUGAACACUUACAGGAACUGUGACAAUGUAUGGACGUUAGUGAUGAAUGAUGUGGAAAUAAAAGAUUCCUCUGCUAUUAUGACAGUUGAUAAGAUAAAAAUAGUUGCUUGUGAAGGCAAGAAUGCAAAACCAACUUCCUCAAAAAUAUCCGUAUCCUCAGUCAGUGAUCGUUCAAGGUUAGGUGCUGGUAUAGGCGGCGAGGAUAACGAACAACGCGAAGCUUUUGAUUCUGGAGAUGAGAUGGAAUAACGAAUGACGGCUACUAGAGUGUAAUUUAUUAGGUGUGAUAUGAGAAAUAACUUGUACAAAUCAUUCUAAGAAUACAUUUUUUUAUCU